GCUUCUCGUGCGGCGGGAUAUGGAGUAGAGGCUGUGUGCAAAACUGCAGAAGUAUGGGGUUUUGGGGCCGUGUGAAUAUGAGGAAUCGGAGGACGACAUAUCGGCAGGGUCAACUUGGGGAAGAUGGUCGAAUUGAUGUUCCCACGCCAGUACUUCAGCAUCCUCCUUUUCCUCCUCCUCCGCCGCCGCCGCCUCCUCCGCCUCAAGUUCAACCGCAAGUUCCACCACAAGCUCAACCCUUUCCACAAGCAAACCUCGAUGGUUUGUGGGAUCCUUUUCCUGCAGGUGAGUGACUCCUCUUUCACGCCCAGUCAUAAGACAGAAACGUGCCAUUUUUAUAAAGGAAUUGUCCAGCCACAAGUGCAAGAUUUCCAGCUCGCAGGGGAGAUACCAUUUAUAGAUCAACGCAACGUAUACGACAUGGACCGAGAGGCUCGUAUUCGACAGGGCCGGGGACGCUUUAGCAUCAUCAUGUACUACCCAGACGGCAGAAACACAGAGCCAGAAACCCGAGAGUGGCGCCCUGAACCCCGCGCCAAUAGACGCCGACCACCUCCCCUCGCGCGUCCGGGCGAGAGGGCGAGAGCACCGCGGGCCUGGCCCGUAUUCGCGAUUCACGCUGAGGACCCCCUGUGCAGCCACCACCUGCCGACGUCGUGGGAGGUGGAGGACAUGAAUAACCGCGUCCAGGCGCCGGCGUGCACGUUUUGCCGGUCGAGGGCGCACGCCGUCUACUUUCGGUGCCGGACGUGCGGGAUCGUGGCGUGUAGUAUGCACAAUAGCGUCCGGUUGGGGUUGACGUGGGCGCAGGCGGUGAGGGUGCGGAAUGGGUUGAGGAAUCGGGUUUGGAUUGAGCCGGCGGGGACUAGGAGAGAUGAGAAUAGGAGAGACGAGAAUCGGAGAGGUUGGUUUCGACAGGCGUUUGGGAGAAGAUGAUGCGGAUGGGUGUGUCCGUAGUGCGGGUGGAAUACUUUGCUUCUCGAUGUGUCUGGAGCGAGAGGAAAGAAACAGGGGCUGGGUAUAAAUCAAGAGGGAAAGACUGGGGAAGUAAUUGAUCGAUCAAAUUUCGAUUCAAAGAAACUAGACUUUAUUGAAUCCAGGCGCUUAGAAGUUAAAACCUAUGUGAGUGAUCUGGGCUGCUCAUUGCUAUAGUCAUCCUCUCGGUUUCUAAGCCAUCUUGAUUCCUACGAGAACCUGCAAAGUAUGAUGGCAUAGAUUGCUCCAACUAUUUUGUAAUUGAGGAGGAAUUCCUUAUAAACUAAUACGAGUUUCGUGACCUGAUGGAUUUAUAGAAGAUGACGCCAAGG